CGCGGACAAAAGCAUUUCCCCGGAGGCGCUUCAGCGGCUCUCUGAGAAAUUGACGGAGUUCACAGGAGGGGAAGAUGCUGCAAAGGGCAUGAUAAAUGGGAACCGUGGGGGUGAGCAGGUAAAUGAAGAGGGCCUCCCCAUUAUCGACAUCAGCGAACCUGACCUCGAGACUGGAUCGACCGGAUCGUCUUCGAACUUACCAUUAGUCGAGUCAGAUAUUAUCCCACUAUCCUCGAUGUCUCCGGCAGAACUCGAAGUCCGCAAACGCGAACAGAAUCGAAUAUUGGACAUGCUCGAGAUGGAGGAGGAGACGUUGGAACGAAAGGUAAACGAGGCUGAAACAGAACGGAGACGCGAGGCUCUUAAGAACAUGAAGGAAGCCAGCCGUGAAGGAGUCAAGAAUUUUGCGCAAACGCGAGAAAUGCAGAAGAAGAUGGGGAAAGCGCUGUUGCGUAAUAUGGCUGCUGCCAGGAAGAAGGAUGAGAAAGAGAAGGCUGAAAAAGAGGCAGAAGAUCUGGAAAAGGAAAAGGCAAGACGGAAGAAAGGACCUCAAAAGACGGUUACGUUCGCUGAACCCGAGAAGGAAGAUGAGGAGAAAGAGAAAGAGGGAGCGAUGCAUGAAUGGGGCGACGUGGCACAAGGAAGAUUGACUUCGACAAAACGACCCACACUGCUUUCAAGAUUGAAUGAUAACACCCUUCCUAUGAGGAUGUCCGUUGUCGAGCGAUCGCCUGGUCAGUCAAAUUCGCCUCCAGAGCCGCCACAAAUUAUGGCUGACUCUGAUGACGAAUCCGACCCUCCACUAUCUGAAUUUGGGUCGUCAACGGAUUCUCCGUCUGAAGCAGAUGAGGAAGUUGAAGAAGGUUUUGACAUGGACUAUGCCCAGCACCAGCGCGAGAUUGCCCUGGAGUACCACAAGAAACGAGAGACCAUUAGCCGCGACGUCUCUCUUGCCAUGCAGUCACACACACAUGAAGAAUCCGAGGAGCAGCUAAGUACUUCUGCAUUCAAGAAGAAAACGUCAUUAUCCCAUUUCAAAUCUGAACGACUAGCGUCCUCGUACGGAGCUUCAAACCUUCCAUCGUCCUUACCUCCUACAUCUCAGUGUCUUGACGCUUCAGUACUCCCUGCGUUAGACUCAGAGACCCUACGCAAUGCCGUCCGUAUGGGCAGACUCGACUCAGACGACCGGCUCAUGGGGGGAGCGGAGAGCGAUAGUGAAGGAGACAACGAGGCAGUCCAAGAAAUCCUCCAGCACCUCAAGAAGGGCGAAGCGUACAACGCCGGACCGAGCAAGACCAAGGCUAACAGUGCGAAGGACUCCAUUCUCCCCGAAAACCUUCCCCCACUUUUACCAAGAGCGAAACCGUCAAGGUUCAAGGCUGCGCGAUCACAAGCUGGGAGACCGGCUACGCCUUCGUCUCAGAGCGACUCAUCUACACCUAUAUCCAUAGUACCUAGGUCUUCGCCCAAGCUCCCACCUACGGGCUCUUCGUCUCUUGCUACAGGAGACAUGGUGUCCAUGAUCGUCGAGUCACCUUCUUUCCCGAAGCCUCAAGCUGCGCUGCCGUCUCGUCCAAUAGUGAUGUCGUCUGCAGUAAGGGAGUCAUCUCAGCCUCAAAGGCGAGAACCGGCUCGUCCUCAAAGGCCACCUACCGUAAAAUCUGUGUCUUCUAUGGUGAAAGAAACUAAUCCAUCGGGCGGUCAAUCGGUUGGAGAACGCAAACCACCCAAGAAAGUAUCGAGAUUUCUGACAGAGAGAUCGUAGCUGUUCUUUUAACAUUUAUUUAAUCACUGUCUGUAUCAUUCGUCGCAAUUUACACAACAACUAAACAACCUUGAGUUUGAC